AUGGGAAAAAUGGAGCUGCAUGCUCAUACACCAGUUAAUUUUACCAUAGAUGAAGAUAGCCAUAGGACCGGAGUAGCACCUAAUGAAGGAAUGCCAGGCAAGUACAUCUCCCAACGGCAAAGUGAAAUUGGAAAUAAUAGCAUUUUUACUCCGUUGUCUUAUAUGUCCAAUUACAUCUCCGUAAGUUCUCCCCUCUUCACAAAAGAUCUCAAAAAGAGGAUAAGGAUCGAGAAUGAAGACUUGUUAAAAAGAUACUAUUCAUCAAAAAAAUCCAUUAGCCAUGCAAUGUAUAGACAUGGUAGUAUUGCGAGUGAUUCUGAGACUUCUAAUGUCCUCAAUGAAAGGUCAAGGUCGUACGUUUGGAUGAAUAAGUUUUUAGAUGAUUCGAGAUACCUGGCAACUUUGUUUGAACCCGAUGCUACUCCAGAAGUUCAUCUUAGCAGUGAAGAAGAAGGAGAGUGGGAGAAAAGACAAGCAUUGAGGACGCAUGCCGCUUCUCCUUAUUUUAAACAUUUCCAAAGAUUGUUGGCCGUGGAUUUACGAGAACCCGACGUGCUAAAGAAACACAACCUUUGGAUACCGAUGAUCAAAAGGGGUUGGAGGAACACAUUUUCAAUAGAUCAAGAGGAGGAGGAUAGCCUUUAUGACGGUAAGGUUUCUCCCCUCUUCAUAGAUGGUAAUGAAUACAUGACCAAGGACUACGAUCUAUACAAAGGCAGUACCUCGAUUCCAUCGAUCUUUUCAGAAUACAGAUUACCAGCACUUGUCCACCAUUGUGCCGUGGAACUCAAUGGUAAAGUUUAUAUCCUGGGUGGAUUAAUGGCAUGUCACAAGCACGAUGACGAAGCCCCAUCAUUAAGAGACUUCGUUGUGGAUGGAAUAAAAAAUUUACCUCCCCCACUCUUAUCUUCCGUAGUUAAUAACCCUUGUAUGAUUAACAAUGGCAGACUGUACGUCAUGUCAGCAUAUUCCAAUAGUUUAAGAAGACCUGAAGUUUCUGGACAAAUUCCACCACCACUGUUGUGUAUGAAGGGAUCUAAACUUACAGAGAGACAUAUUUUCUUUUACGGUGGUUUUGAAAUAAGGACUGAAACCAAUAUUGGUGAAAAUGGUGUGUUCCACCUGAGGAAAAGAGCUUACAUGAAUAAUACCGGUUAUAUUUUGGACACGAUGACAUUUAACUUUACUAGGGUGGAAUUAACUGCAGUUCCCUAUAAACUUGUAUCUUAUCCGACGCUGGCCGCUCGGUUUGGUCAUGUGCAGCUAUCCAUUUCUAAUAACGGCAAUAAUACGCAUAAUAACAGUAACGGAAGCUACUUUAACCACCAAAGGCAUCAUGAAAAUGAUGAAAAUGGUGACGGAUCACCAGCUUCUGGUUUUGAAAGUACUUCCUCAGAGGCUAAUUCGCCAGCGGUUUCUGUUGGAUCUACUCCUGCUAGAUUAAAUAACGCUUUGCAUAAUUCCGGCGUUCAUUCGAUCCUAAUCUUUGGCGGUUAUAAGCAAACGGGUGACGAUGAUUAUGAAGCAUUGAACGACCUUUGGAAGAUUGACGUACCAGUAUUGGUGAAGGGUAAACGUGGUUAUUACAAAUUCGGAAGCACGGCCAAUGCUACCAUCCUACCUCGAUCAAGUCCACGCGAUCCAUGGCCAAGUCCCAGAGCAUUUCCAGCUGAUUGUGUUACAAAUGUGCGUGAUAACGCCACUAAACCUGACCUCUUAGAAAGGCUACAAGAAAAUUUCUUUAUCGAUAAGAGUACCUUCCCCGCUCAGGACAAAUCAAGGCCACUGUUCAAAAGUUUACCGCACGCAAGAAGUGAACCAGAUAGAUCUAAAAUACUUACAAGGACGAAGGAAAGUGGAACUAGCAGUACCAGUAGUACUACUGGUUCCACCAAUGCUAGUACCAACCCGCUAUUAAAGCAAUGUCUUACAUCGUCAUCAUCACAUUCCGCACCUACAAAGCCGUUGCAACCAAGGUCUAAAACACAACCCAAUUUUGAACACAAGGUGCUGAUCAUGCACGGAGGAUCAAACAAAACAGAUGUAUGUCGUGACAUGUGGUGGUACGAUAUUGAAACUGAAACAUGGUCACAGAUAACUACCCAUGGUAAACAUGAAGCUUCCAAGAUGAUACCAAUUGGCGUAGGCCUCGUUGGUCAUUCAUUGGUAUGUGUUGGUGGUAUGGCAGUCUUUGUUGGAGGUCUUUUACAAGAAGAUGUCGAUUUUCUUUAUCAUGGUGUUGAUUACGAAGACAUGAGAAUACCACCACAAUUAGCCAUUGGUAGUGAUUUCAUCAAUCUAUUCGAUCUGGCGACCCAGUGUCUACUGGGACACACUGUAAUAGGAGAUGAAACCAACGCGUACCUGAGGGACGACCUUGAGGCAAGACUCGGUGUAAUUUUAUCAUGUGGAUUUACCGUCAUUCAAUUCAAUGGUGAUAUACUACUGUUUGGUGGUGUCGUUUCAAGACGCUUUGAGACAAGUGGCCUAAACUUACGUGGCGCUGUCUUGAAAUGUGUUCUGCCAUCAAUGAAACUGGCAAUUUGA